AAAAAAUCAUUCGGGUUUCACGAACACACAAUUGUUUCGACCCAAAAGGCAAUUUACUUGUUUUUACUCAUGGGUAUGAGUUACAGUAGUUAAAACAGGCGUUGAAAAGUACAAACGUCUAAUCCUUUUACAAGACUUUCGCUUAGGCGAUUUACGUACGGGGAUGCCAAAUAGGAACUGUUGUUACGAGCGCAAUGUACUCAUCGGAUCAUGUUGAAUGUAGCACACAAACAUGGCUCUCUACUGUGCUCGAGCGUGCAGACAAUAUUUACUUCAUCUUGCACAUGAUAACGUGGAUUUUAGAUUACCGGAAAUAAAAGCAUUGCUGUCUCUAAGGAACCGUCCAUUUGAUACAUCAGAAACAUUCAGCGAAAAGUCUCCCUUUUGGCAACUGAAUGGCUUAUCGGAAGAUGAUAUACGGAGUGUCAUGUCCAGAACGGUUUGUGGAAAGUCUGCUUUUGAACUUUGGGGUCAUGGAACAACAACAGAUGAGCUUAGGAUGUCGUUGUUGGAGUAUCCAGAAGAAAACAUGGCUCCAUAUCUACAACAAAAUUCAACUUAUAAGAUCAACGUCUACACUUUCAACAAAACAUUAGUGUUUAAGGACAGAAUCAAAAAGAUUGAUGCUCUAGACUUCUUGCCAUUUAAAGGGACAGUCAAUCUAAAGGAUCCAGAAUAUAUUUUCUGUUUGCUGGAGGAUUAUGGCUCUGAUCCUAAUGACAUCCCAGAGGAGCCUUUCCAUAUAUACUUUGGGAGAUGGAUUGCAGAUGGUCAGAGAGAAUUAAUUCGCUCUUACAGUGUGAAGAAGAGACAUUUCAUUGGGAACACUAGUAUGGAUGCUGGCCUAUCCUUCAUCAUGGCCAAUCAUGCCAAAGUAAAGGCUGAUGAUUUGGUUUACGAUCCUUUUGUUGGAACAGGUAGUCUUCUGGUAGCAUGUUCACACUUUGGGGCUUAUGUAUGUGGAACAGACAUCGAUUAUAACACUAUCCAUGGAAUUGGAAAAGCCAGCAGGAAGAAUCAGAAAUGGAGAGGACCAGAUGAGAACAUCCGAGCGAACCUGCGGCAGUAUGGGACUGAGAGUCUCUAUGUGGACGUCAUGGUGUCUGAUGCUUCCAAACCUGUUUGGAGAAAAAAUACACAGUUUGAUGCCAUUGUUACAGACCCUCCAUAUGGUAUUCGUGAGUCCACAAGGAGAACGGGAUCUCAUAAAGAUAUCAUCAAACCUCCUGAGGACUUCUCUGGAGAGAGUCACGUGCCUGUUUCAAUGGCGUAUCACCUGAGUGAUAUCUUUGCCGACCUCUUGAAUUUUGCAGCCCACCACUUGGUUUUAGGUGGAUGUCUCGUCUAUUGGCUUCCAAUCUACAGACCAGAGUACUGUGAGGAGAUGGUGCCUCUUCACCCCUGUUUGACUCUCAUCAGCAACUGCGAACAAACUCUGUCCAGCCACACGUCAAGAAGACUCAUCACCAUGGAGAAGACCAAGGAGCCUGAGGAUUCGGACAGACUGGUGCACCUUGCUGACCCUCGCUUCACCCCGUACCAGGGUCACAACUCUUUCAGAGAGAAAUACUUCAGUGGUCUCACCAAGAAGAACGGAAAGGACGCCAAAGUCACCCCAAGAAAUAAAGAAUAAAACAUGAAAAGAAUGAUUUAAGUUACAUUUUUAUUUAUAUAUUAAUUUUUUUAAUUUUCUUUUUAUAGCAUUAUUGUAUUUUAAAUGUUUUUUCAAUAAAAACCCUUGUUUUAUCA